AAUAACACCAGGCAAUUCAAGGACGCACCCUGGUCGUCCCCAGCACUGUCGCACAAAAUCCUGCCCGGAUAAUGUUUUGUCAUUGCUAUGCUGGAGCCGGUUUGGUCAAAUUCAGUGUUCAGUUGCCUGAUCUGCAGUAAUCAUGGACGCGAUAACUCGCGCGGAGUACACGCCCGUCCCACCUUAUUUUGCUGCAUCAGAGAUGAGUUCCAACGACGAACCGCCGCCAACAUGGGAAGAGGCGGUCGGUCAAGUCGUGGUGGAGGAGGAACAAGGGGCGGAGCCAACGCAGACCCCGCCCCCACCCAGCCCGGGAGCAUUGGCAUGGAGAAACCGGCGAUAUUUCAUUGUUGUGCUGGUACCUCUCAUUCUGUGCCCGAUACCUAUCGUCUUCAACAAUUCGAUCGGUUACACGGCUUACAGCAUCAUGAUCAUGGCCGUAUUCUGGUGCACGGAAGCCAUAUCCCUAGCCGUGACCGCUCUCCUCCCACUGGUCUUGUUCCCAGCCUUCGGCGUCAUGCCAGCCAAGGAUGUGGCGGUCCAGUACUUUAAGGACACCAACCUGCUCUUCUUUGGUGGCUUGAUGGUGGCUGUGGCUAUCGAGGAUUGCAAUCUGCACCGGAGGAUUGCGCUGGGUGUGCUCCUUCUGGUGGGAUCUAAGCCGAGAUGGAUGAUGCUUGGCUUUAUGAUUAUUACUGCGUUUUUGUCCAUGUGGAUUAGCAACACCGCUACCACUGCCAUGAUGCUGCCUAUUGCCCAGGCAGUGUUACAGCAACUCAAGCUGGACAACUUGAAACAGAAAAACGAGAAUGAAGCGGAACAUGAGAUAUCCACCACAAAUGGGCGGAGACACAGAGAGAAGGCGGAGGAGGACGCUAUUGUUAUGGAGGAGAUUCAGUUUAUUGGAAGUACGGAGGUGCAACCCCAGCAUAGCAGCAAUCGUAACCUUUUGGACGAAUCUCAACAGGAAGCCCGCUAUAAUCUCAUGUGUAAAGGCAUCGUUCUCUGCAUUCCGUACGCCGCUAACAUCGGCGGGACGGCUACGCUAACCGGCACGGGUCCGAACCUCGUACUCGCCGGCCAAGUAACCAGUUUGUUUGGUCCUGAGGCUGAGGUGACGUUUGGUGAGUGGAUGAUAUACGCUACACCUGCUAUGCUGGUUUGUCUGCUGUUGACAUGGAUCUGGUUGCAGAUAGUCUACGUGGAUCGAUGGUGCUGCAAGAAGCUGGGUCACGAACUCGAUCACAGCGGUACCGCCAAGGUCAUACGCGAGGCGUACAAUGACCUCGGGCCCAUGUCGUUUGCCGAGAAGGGAGUCCUCAGUCAUUUCAUCCUGUUGAUUGUUCUGUGGGUGACCCGCAAGCCGGGCUUCGUUACCGGCUGGUCCGUGCUCUUCGCCGACGGGUACGUGACUGACUCAACCACAGCCAUGUUUGUCUCCAUACUGCUCUUCUUGUCCCCAUCGCGCAUGCCCAAGUUCCUCUGUGGUCGUAGCUCUGAGGAGGAUUUGAAGGAAGAGAAGGGCCCGUGUCCAGCCCUACUGGAAUGGCCGGUCAUUCAUAAAAAAAUGGCCUGGCUCGUGAUUAUCCUGCUUGGUGGAGGCUUUGCAUUGGCCGAAGCAUGCAAGGUAUCUGGGCUGUCGAAUUGGAUAGGUGACAAGUUCAGCAUACUGGACAACUUCCCUCCCUGGGCCAUCGCCUUAGUGGUCUCUGUCAUCAUAGCGGGCUUCACCGAGGUCACCAGCAACACGGCCACGGCAACCAUCUUCCUUCCCAUACUCGGCGGACUGGGUGUGAGUAUCGGUGUCAAUCCUCUGUUCCUGAUGCUACCAGCCACCGUAGCAUGCUCCUUCGCCUUCAUGCUUCCCGUAGCCACGCCCCCAAAUGCCAUCGCGUUCGCCUAUGAACAAGUCACUGUUAUGGAUAUGGUGAAGACUGGUUUCAUACUGAACGUCAUCUGCGUCCUCAUUGCCAACGCCUGCGUCAACACAUUCGGCAUGUGGAUUUUCGACGUGGGCAAUUUUCCGGAUUGGGCCAAUGUUAACAUUACAGCAAUUGAAUAAUGUGUACAUACACCCCAACGGGAAACCCUCCCCCCUUCUGGAAAGGGAAGAGCUAUUUCAAAUCUUAUAACAAAAUCAGCAGGGGCGGAUCCACUUUUGGAUCAAGAUGGGAGGGGGGGGGGGGUUAAAAAACCCAAGAUCCGCCACUGACAUGUAUUGCAAAAUAUUCUAACGUAGGGUGCAUUCUGUAAUUUUCGAUUGGUGCAAAAUGGAACUUGUUAUACAUACUGGAGGCCGUGAAGGUCGUGAGUUAAGAAAAGAGGAAAGUCUAAAGAUUGAGAAUUAUAUUAAAAAAAAAAAUUGGUUACGAACAAUUAUCAAAAGUGUUCAUAUUGUAUUUGCUGAUAUCGAAUGCACACAACAAUGGGUGACAACCGUCACAGUCAGGGCUACGUUCAAAUAAAGAGUGCGAACCUUUAGAAUGAAGGGCAUCAACAAUGGGACUGUUUUUGGUUGAUGAAUUUGUAUAUACUCGUGCACUCUUAUUAUACUCGUGUAUCUAUUCAAAAUAUUAUGUUGUCAAAAUUUUGAGUUUAAAAUUUUGUAGUUAGCAGUUUUAGUAAUUGCGUAGGCCUAUAUAUUUUAAUGAGGCGCGUAAAGUUUUUUUUUCGUUGUUACUACUUUGGUUAUUGUAAUGGUCUGCAGGGAACGGAUGAUACUUUUUCAGUAUUGAGACUGAUUCUUACUUUUUAAACCUUUUUUUCUUGAAUGUUAUUAUUUUACUUAGUGGCCUUGUACUGACUCUGAAUAAAAACGCCCUCAGCGGCCAACAAACGUUGUUAACGGCGGAUAUUUUGGGCGCCAUGUUCAUCGUUUGUCCUCGAGGUCACGUGAGUAGACCAAACAUGGCUACCUAGAGGUCAUCGUGUCAAUUAGUUGUGAAAUUAUUGUUUCCCGUGUAAGUAUUCCCUCCCAUCUACAUACCUGUGUUGUGAAACGUAAAAUAAAAUAUUUUUUAUUGAAUCUUAA